AUGGAUUACGACCUCUCGGAGGAGGGGAUGGAGGCCUUCCACUCGAUACAUGAAAGACUGUCAUCAUACAUGGUGGAGAAAGAGGCCUAUGAUCGCAUCGCGACCUUAGAGGUCGUUAAUGAAGAAAUUUCUGACCCGGAGGAUGAAGAUGAAGUCAAUAUUCAACUCGCCCCGGCGGCGCUGGACGACACACCUCCCAAAGUUAAAGACCCUAUUGAGAAGGUUAAUCUGGGUACAGCGGACGAGCCUAUGGAGGUAUCUAUCAGCGCUUAUCUAGAGCCUAGCGAGAAACAGCGUCUCACUGACUUAUUAUUAGAGUUUAAAGACUGCUUCGCAGAGAAAUAUGAGGACAUGCCCGACCUGUCGCCAGAUUUGGUUUGUCAUCAACUGCCAACUCUUCCUGACAAGAGGCCCGUUAAGCAGGAACCUCGACGAAUGAAUUCGGAGACCCAGAUUCUUGUAAAGGACGAGGUAGAGAAAAUGCACAAGUCAGAGGUGUACAUCGAUGACGUAGUCGUUAAGUCUCAGAAGAGAGGGGAUCACAUCGCGGAUCUCAGGAAAGUAUUUGAGCGCAUGCGCAGACAUAGACUCAAGAUGAACCCGGCCAAGUGUGUGUUUGGGGUUCAGGCAGGAGACUUUCUGGGGUUUAUAGUUCAUCAGCGAGGAAUUGAGGUCCCCGAGGACAAGGCGAGCGCAGUCAUUAAUGCAUCACCCCCACGGACGAAAAAGGAAUUACAGCGUCUGUUGGGUAAGAUUAAUUUUCUAAGACGCUUCAUCUCUAACUCUGCAGGAAAGAUCCAACCAUUCUCACCUUUGCUGAGAUUACAAGGGCAGAAUGAGUUUGUGUGGGAACCCAAACACCAAGAAGCUUUCGACAGUAUCAAGACUUAUUUGGCAAACCCCCCAGUCUUAGUUCCACCCAGAACCGGGGCCCCAUUAAAGCUGUACAUUUCAGCAGCCGAGGCUUCCAUUGGCAACCUGCUCGCUCUGGACGAUGAGGGAGGCGUCGAGCAUGCUAUAUUUUACCUUAGCCGCACAUUGACAGACUGCGAGACAAGGUACACCCCUAUGGAGAAGCUGUGCCUCACUCUGUACUUCUCAGCGUGCAAGUUGCGACACUACAUGCUAUCUUUUACCACUUGCAUCAUCGCUCAAACUGAUUUGGUCAAAUACAUGUUGUCCCGGCCUAUCUUGAGAGGCCGCAUUGGCAAAUGGGUAUUGGCGCUUUCAGAGUUUUCGCUCCAAUAUGUACCCCAGAAGGCUGUAAAAGGGCAAGCCAUCACAGACUUUCUAGCACAUCAUCCUACGUUAGAAAUACCUGCACUGAAGGAGUUAGAGAUUGCCUGCACCACUACAACUCGACCAGAUCAAGCGUGCAUCCCUGAGUACGCGGUUUGGUAUCAAGCUACAAUCUAUCUGCAGCCCUGGGUAUUAUUCUUUGAUGGCUCAAGAACGGACACUCUUGCUGGCGCGGGGAUUGUUUUGGAAAACCCAGUUGGUGACCGCUUCUCUUAUUCUUUCCAGCUAACGUUCCAAUGUACUAAUAAUCAGGCUGAGUAUGAAGCUCUUAUCAUUGGACUUGAAGUCUUACUGGAAAUAGGCGUACGGGACGUUCAGAUUCGUGGCAAUUCUCAGCUUGUUAUUAACCAGCUCCAGGAAAAGUAUCGCUGUGCGAGUUGGUUGCUCGUACCAUACCUGAAUCACGCCAUCGAGCUUCUGGAUCAAUUUACCGAUGUUGAUAUGGAAUACAUACCACGCGAGCGUAACUUUGCGGCUAACGAGCUCGCUCAGUUGGCUACAGGUAUCACCUUGAAGUAUGGCGUGCGCGAGCGCAUUUUGAAAGUUGAGCGUCGCACACUACCUUCGUGGCUUGCUCCACCUGAUCCGCCAGAUGAUCCCGUAGUCGCGGUACUAGAACAUAUUGAUGUUGAUUGGCGGACUCCGCUGAUCGAGUACCUCAAACAACCAGACCCCAGAGCUGACAGGAGGAUUCGUUUCCUCGCAUUGAAUUACUUCCUACGAGGCGAUGAAUUGCGACGACGUGGGGAGGAUGGUAUAGAUUUUCGGUGUGUCUAUGGUCGAGAAGUUAAGAGAUUGAUGCGCGAGGUACACACGGGGAUAUGUGGAUCCCAUCAAGCUGGACCUAAGAUGCGCUGGCUUUUGCGGCGUCAUGGUUACUAUUGGCCCAGCAUUUUGAAGGAUUGUAUUGCAUUUGCCAAAGGUUGUGAGGACUGUCAAGCACAUGGUCCAGUCCAGCAUCACAAGUUUAUCAUCGUCGCCACUGACUACUUUACUAAAUGGGUUGAAGCAGAGCCUUUGAAGGAGGCCUCCGGUGCUACUAUUCGCCAGUUUAUUUUCCGUAAUAUUCUCUGCAGGUUUGGUAUCCCUGAGGUGUUGGUUUCGGACAGGGGGGCAGCGUUUAUGGGAGGCCCCGUUGAGGAGUUGGUCACUGAUUUUGGCAUUCAAUUCAUACAUGGUACUCCGUAUUAUGCUCAAUCUAAUGGUCAGGCGGAGGCUAGCAACAAGACAAUCAUUACCUUACUAAAGAAGAUGUUGGUAGAGAACCCUCGCCAAUGGCAUGACACUUUGUAUGAGACACUUUGGGCCUACCGCACUUCUAAACGCAACCCCACCGCCACGACGCCGUACGCGCUUAUGUUCGGACAUGAUGCUGUCUUACCAUUAGAAAUUAAUGUUCACUCUCUGCGCGUGCAAGAACAGCAUCAUUUGAUUGGCGAGGAUUACGUUCAAGCAAUGUGGUUGUGGUUGCGGGGAGAAGGAUCUGGGCGCUACAACCUCAGAGCAUUCUUCCUCUCUACACUCAGAUCCUCCUCCGAUCGGAGUCGCCACUGCUGUCAUCGGUACCGGAGGAAGAGGGAAAGAGAGCCUUCAUACCCUUUCCUUGGGCCUUUCCUCCGGGCAGGAGUUGGAGUCUGGGGCGAGCGCGACUCACAACCACAUCUACCUCCUGGGGUAAAUCAGAAAGUGCGUACCCAGGCCCCAGAGGUAGACCGCGGAGGCAGAGCGGAAGACCUCAAAGUGGCCUUCCUCCCUUCCUCCACUUGCUCCUAG